AUGCCCCGCGCCGCCUGCCUCCUCCCGGGACUCUUCCUCAUCCUCAGCACCACCAGCGCGGAUGGCUUUGCCCGGGCAGGCCGCAGGGUCUGUGCCGGGACGCCGCGGAGCCGGGUGGGCGCCUACACUGAGUCCCACAUCCAGCCCGUGUACCAGCCCUACCUCACCACCUGCCAGGGCCACCGCCUCUGCAGCACCUACAGGACCCUCUACCGAGUUGCCUACCGGCAGGCCUACAAGCAGCUGCCCAUGGGCUCCUGCUGCCCGGGGGGGAGCAGAGCCAACAGCCACACGCCUGGCUGCAACACAGCUCUGUGCUGGGUGCCGUGCCAGAACGGCGGGAGCUGCGUCUUCCCCGGCAGAUGCGCCUGCCCGCCCGGCUGGACGGGGCCAGCCUGCCAGACAGACGUGGAUGAGUGUGCCGGGCAGGGCCAUGGCUGUGAGCAGCUCUGCACCAACACGGCCGGGAGCUACCGAGUCCCUCUGCCACCCAAAACCACCUCCCCUGGGCACAAAUCCAGCCACUGCUCCAUCUGCAAGGGUGACACGGCCGUGGCACGGGGCUUCCAGGACGUGGCUGUUCUCUCCUUCGUCAUCCUCCUUGCCAGGGGCCGGGUCUGGAGCGCGGAGCAGCCGCUGCACCUUCCACUUCACCUCGGGCAAAUGGGCUUUUACUCGCUGACCUUCUUUUGGCUGUGUUUUUCAGGUGCCUCCAGUGGAAUGAAGGAAGAAAUGAACGACCUGAAGAGCAGAGUGGAAGCGCUGGAGCAGAAGCUGCAGCUGGUGCUGGCCCCUUUCCACAACCUCAUGCCCUCCGCGCCGGAGGACGUCGGCGCCGACCCCAUCAGCCGCCUGUCCCACUCCCUGCAGCAGCUGGACAGGAUCGACUCCCUGAGCGAGCAGAUCUCCUUCCUGGAGGAGAGGCUGGAGACGUGUUCUUGCAAGAAUGAACUCUAG